AUGGAAUCCCCAAUUCCCGUCGAAAGCCCUAAAACCUCCGGAGAUCCGGAACCCUCCGAUUCCGCAUUGCAAGUCGUCGACGGCGGCAGCGACGUCGCCGGAGCCGACUCGAUCCUCGACGUCUCCGGCCAGAGCCUAGACUUUCCGAUCGGUGAGAACGCCGGCGACGACGUCGGCGAUCUAUACCUCUACAAAAAUGUGUACAAUCUACUGCCGAAAUCCAUCGCCGGUAUAAAAGGCUUGAAGACGCUAAAGUUCUUCGGCAACGAGAUCAAUCUGUUCUCGUCACCGGAGAUCGGCGACUUGGUGAGGCUAGAAUGCCUGAGGAUCUCGUCGCCGGAGUUCGACGGCUUGCCGCUGCACAAGUUCAAGGGGCUGAAGGAGCUGGAGCUCUCCAAGGUCACGUCUCGGUGCUCGGCGGUUCCGAUUCUGAGCCAGGUCGCUGGGCUGAAGCUCCUGACGAAGCUAUCGGUAUGUUAUUUCUCUAUAACUUUUCUACCGCCGGAGAUUUGCUGCUUGAAGAGCUUGGAGUAUCUGGACCUUUCGUUCAACAAGAUGAAGACUUUGCCUGCAGAAAUUGGGAAUUUGAAUGCUCUGGUUUCGUUGAGAGUUGCGAAUAAUAAACUGGAGGCAUUGCCUGAGGAGUUGUCCAGAUUGGCUGUGCUGGAGAGCCUGGACUUGUCGCAUAAUAGGCUGACGUCACUUGGGGAUGUUGAUUUUGGGUUGAUGAUUAGCCUCAAGAGUUUGAAUCUCAAGUACAAUAGGCUGAAGAGUGAGUGUGUAGUGGCGCCUUCGUCAAUAUGCUGUGAUUUGGAUGGGAAUGGAAAUGAUGUGUGUGGCGAUGAGUCUGGCAGUUCUUCAGUUGAGUUGGAUUGCUCGUCGAAUGUGAGUAGUGUGUCUAAUAAAUCGAAAAGUAGGUUUCUUGCAAGUUGGAGGUCGGAUGGGAGGAAGUGUUAUAUUCGGUGGAGAGGUCCAAUGCCGAUGCGUGUGAAGGAAGUUGGAGAAAGCAAAGCAGGAAAUGUAGAUGUUACUGAUUCUGUAGCAGAUGAGGAUGAGGCUGAAGGAUGUCGAGAAGCUGAAAGUUGCUCAUUUCUCAACUCUACUGCAGUAGAUGAAGGUGAUGAAAAAGAUUGUGAUGAUGAAGUAUCCUCAAACAGUCAAGAGGUUGCAGGUGAGCAAGAUGAAGCGUUAUGUUCAGAAAUGUUAAAAGCCACUUCUGGAUCCAAGAGGAAAGAGCAUGUCGGGGAUCUGAAGAAGCCGAAUUGCAAGAAUUUAAAGUCAGCUGGAAUUAGUGGUGAAUCUAGUCAUGCUGUUUCAUUAGAGCAAGGUGAUAAAAACAAAUACGAGAAUGAAGCACCCUCAGCUAGUCAAGAGGUUGUUGGAGAGAAAGAUGAAGAAGCAUCCCCUUUAGAAAAAUCAGAUCCUACUUCAGGAUCCAAGAGGAAGAAUUCAAAUGGUGGUGAGAAUGUUAAGCAGCCAGAUUGCGAGAAUGGUGAUGGCAAUGUUAAGCAGCCAGAUGGCGAGAAUGGCGAUGGGGAUGUUAAGCACCCAGAUUGCAAGGAUGGUGUUGGGGAGAAUAAGCAGCGCAAGAGAUUACGUCUUGAUCAACUACAUAGUCAUGAUUGUUCAAGCAUAUCUCAAAAAUUUAGUGAUAUGUCUUUUUGCAGUAUUGAGGACAGUCUUCAAGAUGGCUUUUAUGAUGCUGGACGUGAUAGGCCGUUUAUGCCUCUAGAGAGUUAUGAUGGAAAGUUCCCUCUUGACUCGCGUGAAGUUAUUUUCUUGGACAGCGAAAAGGAUGAUGAGUUGGAUGGAAUUUUUCAGUCUGCCAGAGAUGCGGUUCGCCAUUUGAAUGAGUUAAAUGACAAUUGCACUGAUGAGCGACAGAUUGCAAUGUUUCUUGCUCUAUUUGUAUCAGAUCAUUUUGGAGGGAGUGAUAGGGUUGCUGGUAUUGAAAGGAGACGAAAAGGUAGUCCUGAUGCAAAUGUCAGGAAGCCUUUUGUAUGCACCUGCUCAACUAGAAACGGUGAACCUUGUAAUUUAUCCACCAAACCAUACUUGGAGACAGUUGAAGAUAUUUCUUUUGCUGAUAUCUCUGAGAAAUCUCUCCGCUCUAUUAAAGCAAGACGUAAAUCUAUCCUAGUUCCUAUAGGAACUGUGCAGUAUGGUGUUUGUAGACAUAGAGCAUUGCUAUUGAAGUAUCUUUGUGAUCGGAUGGAGCCUCGAGUACCUUGUGAGCUUGUGAGGGGAUACCUGGAUUUCAUGCCCCAUGCUUGGAAUGUGAUACCAGUCAAGAGAGUGGACUCAACUGAGACUCGUUGGAUAGUUGAUGCAUGUCGUCCAAAUGACAUCAGAAAGGAAACAGAUCCUGAAUAUUAUUGUAGGUAUAUGCCUAUGAGUCGGAUCAAAGUUCCUCUUUCUGGAAGCAACUUUGGUCAUUCUUUGCUACAUAAUUUGCCCUUUAUUGAUGGAACUGUGAACAGAUCUGGCAGUUCUCUCAUUCAGUGCAAAUAUGGAUCAGUUGAGUUGGCAGCUAAAAUUCGUACUUUGGAGGUAGAUGGGACUUCAGGGGAUGAUGUUAGGAAGUUCGAGUACAACUGCUUAGGGGAAGUAAGAAUGUUAAGUGCUUUGCAACACCCCUGCAUAGUAGAGAUGUAUGGACAUCAGAUAUCGUCCAAGUGGGCUCCUUCAGUGAAUGGCACUCCUGGCUCCCGUACUCUGCAAUCAGCAAUUUUCAUGGAGUACAUAAAUGGGGGUUCCAUGAAGAGUUACAUAGAAAAGCUAUCAAAAGCUGGUGAGAAGCAUGUCCCUGUUCAUAUAGCUUUGUGCAUUGCUAAAGAUGUUGCUUCUGCAUUGGUGGAGCUGCAUUCAAAGAAUAUCAUUCAUCGAGACAUUAAAAGUGAGAACAUAUUGAUUGAUUUGGAUAGCAAGACAGCCAAUGGAGCACCUGUUGUGAAGCUCUGUGAUUUUGAUAGAGCGGUGCCUCUAAGGUCAUACUUGCAUUCUUGCCUUGUGGCUCAUGUAGGGAUACCUCCUCCUAAUGUUUGUGUUGGAACACCUCGCUGGAUGGCUCCAGAGGUUCUAAGGACAAUGCAUGAGCAAAAUUUUUAUGGACUUGAAGUUGAUAUCUGGUCGUUUGGAUGCCUUCUUUAUGAAUUAUUGACUCUGCAACUUCCCCAUUCGGGAGUAGCUGAUUUGGAGAUACAUGACCUUAUUGUGAUGGGACAACGACCAAAGUUAACAGAAGAGUUGGAGGCGCUUCUGCUAUUUAUGGACGAGCCAGCAGCUCGAUCAGCUGCAGAGCUUGGGGGAACAGAGGCUGACUUAGACACACUAGCAUUUCUUGCUGACUUGUUCUGCAAAUGUACAGAAGAGAAUCCGCAGAGUCGUCCAACAGCUGACAACGUCUACAAAUUGUUGCUCGAACACAGCAUGAAGCUCUCUAGUGAAACUAGGUUAAAAGUUUAGGUGCUUCCACUUCAAAUUUUGUAACCCUAUUGAUGGUUCAUUGUUACAAUAAUGUUAAUUUAUCAACUGUAUAUGAACCCAUGGUUUGGGACUUUGGGUUUGUCCAAGUUCCUGCGUUAGACUCUAUAAUUGUAUAUAUCCAAUUCUCUAUUGAUG